AUGGAGAAUAGAGGAAGGUUUUUAAGUAGGCUGUCCGCUUAUGCGAACAAAUUGCCGAAAACGGAAAAGUCGAGGUACGUGGAGAAAAUCAAGGUUAUCAAUUUCAUAGAUCCGUUUGAAACUACACUGAACGAGCGAGACUUUCCAACCACGGUAACUGUUGGACAUGUUGUAAGUUAUUUAUUGAAUCAUACGGUCCCUGGAAAAAUGUACGUCAGGAACACACGAAGCAUUGAAGCUUUCAAAAAAUUCGAGGCUGGAUUUAUCCACAGUGUUUAUGGCGGAGUUGUCAACGAUUUACAUAUUGUUCGGGGUAAAAUUUAUCAUUCAAUGCGAAUGAAUGAACCACUUCUUAUAUCGUGGAUUAUCAUUCAACCAAAUGGAUCUAUUCUGUCCGCCCAUUGCACAUGCGUAGCAGGUGUAAGCGAGACCUGUUCUCACGUAAGCGCAUUGCUGUUUGCACUAGCAAAUUUGCACUUCAUGACAUCUACGUGUAAGUUGACAGUAACUGAGUUGCCGUCAUAUUGGGCCAGACCAGCUAAAAGAAUUAAAGAAGACUUGAACCAUGCAGUGGUCGACAUAGAUUAUGGGUUCAAGAUAACGAGGAACGAUGACUUCAAUAUACAAACCAAUAGGAAUCAAUUUUUGGAUUUUGUUUCUUCAUUGGAAAGUGAGGUGGAAGAACCAGUCAUCGUUAAGAAAUUCUGCAAUUCCGACAGGACCUGCGUUGACUGCAGAAAAAACUUUAUGCCCGACAAAAUUAUUCUCAACAAAAACCUUGUUUUGGCAAACCAGUUCCGCCCUGAACUGGAGCUUGAAAAAAUUGAGAAAAUAAGACAGGUUAUCGAGCGCGUUCAAUUAACCGUCACUCAUGAAGAAGUCGCAGAAGUCGAACGUCUCACACGACUGCAAAACCGCAGUGAUUUAUGGCGUUGGGUGAGGAUUGGUCGAAUAACGGCUUCUGUGAUGCGCCAGUGCGUCCAUGCAUCACCUGUUACGGUACCAGCUAAGAUGUCCUUGCUGAAAAAGAUUUGCCAUCCAUACAUGGUAAGCUCGGAAUCUGAAGCGACUAGAUACGGCCGAAUAAACGAAACUAGAGCCAAGAAAAGCAUUGAGAAAGAAUUUCAGCAUCACCGCAACGUUUGUUUUGAGGAUUGUGGUAUCUUCAUUCACCAGAGCAAACCAUACAUGGCUGCCACUCCAGAUUAUUUGGUGGAAUGUGAUUGUUGCGGAAAAGCAUGCAUUGAGAUCAAAUGUCCUUUCCGGCUAUCGAACAAGCAGCAAUCGUUCAAUGAUUUGGAAUAUCUUGUCAGCGAUGGUGAUAGCUUCAAAAUCCGAACAGACCAUGAAUAUUAUCUGCAGGUUCAGUCACAAAUAUAUGCGUCCAAUGCUCGUUUUGGAUAUUUUUAUGUCUGGAGUGAAGUGGAUCAGCUGUGCAUCUGUGUUGAAAAAAAUACAAAGCUAUGGGAAGAUUCCUGUAAGAAAGCGCAAGUUUAUUUCCAAAAUAUUAUUUUGCCGGAGCUUCUAGGUAACUACUACAGUAACAGAACUUGA